AUGUCAUUACCAGGUUCAUUUGACUUAACUCCAGAAGAUGCUAAAUUAUUAUUAGCUGCUAACGUUCACUUAGGUUCUAAGAACGUUCAACCAUACGUCUACAAGACCAGACCAGACGGUGUUAACGUUAUUAACGUCGGUAAGACCUGGGAAAAGAUUGUUUUAGCUGCCAGAAUCAUUGCCGCUAUUCCAAACGCCGCUGAUGUUGCCGUCUGUUCCACCAGAACCUUCGGUCAAAGAGCCGUCUUGAAGUUUGCUGCUCACACCGGUGCCACCCCAAUUGCUGGUAGAUUCACCCCAGGUAACUUCACCAAUUACAUCACCCGUUCUUUCAAGGAACCAAGAUUAGUUGUUGUCACUGACCCAAGAACCGAUUUCCAAGCCAUCAAGGAAUCUUCUUACGUCAACAUUCCAGUCAUUGCUUUGACCGACAUGGACUCUCCAUCCGAAUACGUUGAUGUUGCUAUUCCUUGUAACAACAAGGGUAAGCACUCUAUUGGUUUGAUCUGGUGGUUAGUCGCUAGAGAAGUUUUAAGAUUAAGAGGUAUCAUCCCAGACAGAACCACCGAAUGGUCUGUUAUGCCAGAUUUAUAUUUCUACAGAGACCCUGAAGAAAUUGAACAAAAUGCUACUGAAGAUAUUAAGACCGACGAUGUCGAAGAAGCUCCAGCUGCCGAUGCUGAAACUGAAUGGACUGGUGAAACCGAAGAAGUCGACUGGGCUGAAUCCGGUGCUACUCCUGCUGCUGAAGAAGCUGCCGCUUCCAACUGGUAA